CACCCGUCGGCAUCUUUCGAUCUACGGCCAUGAGUUCGUACGACAAGAUCGUCAAGCUCGCCUGCAAACCCAAGGCAGCGCCGCCGAAAGCAAAAUACCUUGACCCCAUUAUUGCCGCGACAUGGGACGACGGCGGCGCCGUCCAUGACGUCUGCAAAGCACUCUCUCCGCGAUUACGAGAACCCAACGCCAUCAUCGUAUUCAAGGCCCUCAUCGUGCUCCACACUAUGAUACGGAGCGGCUCGACGGACAAUGUUCUGGGAUAUCUCAGUGGCUCGACGGUCUUGAGGCUGAGUAAUGUCUCGACGGGGACUUGGGAGGGCUAUACAGCGCCGGAAAAUCUCCAGCACUACUCAGCAUACCUAGAUUCGAGAAUCCGCUCAUACCGGGACCUCAAGCACGACGCCAUCCGGGUUCAGUCGGACACGAACCGCGACGCUCGGACGAAUGCCGCGGUAGCUGGAACUACGCUUCAGCGAAGCAAGACACUAGCAGGCCGUAAGCUAAGGUCGAUGACCGUUGAAAAGGGUCUUUUACGGGAGACGAGAAUCGUGCACCGGAUGAUCGAUGCCCUCGUGUGCUGUCGGUUCUAUCUCGAUGACCUGGAAGAUCCUCUCACGCUCGCUGCGUUGCGAAUGCUUGUGAAGGACUUGCUGAUUCUCUUCCAGGCUGGUAACGAGGGUGUCAUUAAUCUCCUAGAAAACUAUUUCGAGAUGUCCCAGGUCGAUGCGAAAGACGCGCUGGACAUCUACCGCCAUUUCUGCAAGCAGACGGAGCAAGUGGUCGAAUAUCUGGGUGUUGCGCGGAAACUCCAGAACUUGCUCAAUGUGCCCAUCCCGAACCUGAAGCACGCGCCGGUCUCGCUAGCAGGUGCCUUGCAGGAAUAUCUGGACGACCCUGCGUUCGAGCAGAAUCGGAUCGAGUAUAAGAUGAACAAGGAAGCGGUUAAGCGCGGUGGGAGGGGCAAUGCCAAGGAAACCACCGCGGUUCCUCCCGUGCCGGCUUUGCCAGCUUCUGUGGCGGCGUCAUCGUCUUCUCCUUCGAACGGCACCGCAAAUGGAACGACGCCAAAGAACGAGCUGGUCGACUUCUUCUCGUCGAUAGAAGAGACGCAGUCAACGAUGUUCAAUCCGUCCACGAACAGCCCAAACUCGGCGUACUUCCAACAAAUGGCGACAUCACCCAAUCCCUUUCAACGCAUGCAAGCGCUGCCGACUGGACCAUUUGCUCCCCAACCAACCGGAGCGUUCCUCGGACCUCAGCCCACCGCCGGACCGUUUGGACCUGGACCUCAACUCCAGCUGCCCCAGGCCACUGGUGUUUUCCCUGGCGGUCUGCAGCCACAGGCGACUGGAUUUAACCCUUUCAUCGGUGCCCCGCGGCCGGUGUCGGCUUUUGAAUCGAUUGGGGCACAACCGACUGGAGCAUUUGGAAUGUCACCCCAGCCGAUGGGAAUGGCGCCCUCACCGAUGGGAAUGGCGCCGUCGCCGAUGGGAAUAGCACCUCAAGCUACCGGCGCUUUUGCUGGAGGGUUACAGCAGCAGCAGCAGCAGCAGCA